CUUCAACAUGGCGGACGAAGCGAGAGGAAAGGAGUUUUAUCGAACACUGAGCAAAUUUUUAUCAGAUGAGGAGCUCAAAGAAGUGAAAUCACUUCUUCGAAAGGUAAAUUAAUCAACAUGUGUUGUGUUUAUCGGCGCUUAUGUCUCUCGACUUCAUUUCACAGCCAAGGUUACAUGUUUUUUAUCCGUACAUCCCCUCCCCCUCUUCCCUAAUUUAUAAAAUGACUUGAAAUCCGAACCCUCAAGUUUUUGUUUCGCCAUUCAUUUUGAAAAUCGAGAUCCGAAUGAUAAAUUUUGUGUGGGCAUCUUUGACAAUGGAAUGCCCCUGAACUUACUUACAUAGUCCACGUUACAACCAGUACAGCAGAUUGGUCCAUAUGGUAGACGUGGUCGACCAUAAAACUGCGCAUGCCAUUGGGUUUCCUCCAGAACUUCUAACAUCUAUUUAAUAUGUAUCACAGAAUGAUGUGGAGGAGAAGUUGGAUGUAAAAUACAGAGACUGGAUAAAAAAACAGGACUUUCGAACAAAGCCAUGUGAUGGUGAUCAAGAUGAAGAAUCUCAUUACAAGUUGAAAAUCGCUGCAUUUUUUGAGAAGUUAGUAGAGUUUGCUGAGCCAGUUAUUUUGGAUGAACACGGUGAGUUACCUGUUUUUCUCCAUCUUUCCUGGACAAUUUUUAAAGAAACUUUACUGGAAAUGCACAUUUAAAACUCAAUGUCAUUGAAAAAUUACACAACAAUAUCCUCUGUAUGUAGUCUUGUACAAGAGCAUAGAAAUGAUGUCAAAAUGUUCAAAUCCUGGGAGCCAAACCACUUGCAUGCAGCUUGUUUGGAACAAAAUGGCGUCAUUUCAUGGUCUAUUUAACAAAAUGAUAGAUUCUAUGUUGCCUUGCGCCUGUUCAGAAAUAUAUCCUAGAUGAUGUCAAAAUGUGUUAAAAACAAAGAAGUGGCACAUGAGCCACAGGCAUACAUUUACAGGGCUCUUUUUUUUUUUUUGGUGUCAGUGAUGUUUUUACCAAAUUUUGAUGGCUUCUGUGAUCUACUGAACAGACCCACGGCAACAUGGAAUCUAUUUGUUUUAUACAAUGAACAGAAAGGAAAAAAAAGACAAACUUGCCUUGCACCACUUGACUGUUCAAUGAUUUGUGCCAGUUUAACCAUUUCUCAAGUAAUAUAGGCUACUUUUCCUUUUUCUGCCACUUCUUUUCUUCUUUGUCUUACUUGUGUUCAGUUUCUCCGAAAAGUUUUUCAAUGCCUGAGGGGGUGGGGGGGAUUACUUGUCUUUAGGAAUUUUUGGGUGGGGAUAUGCCACUGGGACCCGGGAACCCUUAGCCUAUACCAGAGCUAGUUCAGUUGAAGCAACUCUAUACUAGACUAAACUCCCCAAAUCCCGCCCCCCCCAUCCAGGGUACGUCGAAACCUAUGUCCAAUUGUCUGGGACAGGUAGAAAUUUAGUUUGGACAUGUCAACCUUUAGCAUGAAUUGUCCGUGAGACGAGCACAUUUUUAAUUAGAAAAAAUAAAGAAACAGUUGAAAAUUGUCAUCAAAUUAUGGUAGAAUUAAUAUUCAUCUUAAAAGUCACAAAAGCAAACCUCAUACUUGGCAACAUAAGUUUACAUAUUCCUUUUAACUUUGCUAUUCCACAGUCAUUUCAUUUGUUUACCAGCUCCAUUUUAGUUCUAAGUCAAAAACAAUUUACAAGGGUAAUAGUGCGAUUCAAAGUGUUAAAUGCCUGAUUGUUUUUGAGUUUCGAGUUUUGAACUAAACUUUUUGGACAAGAACUCUUGGGUUUCGGACAACCAAAUUUAAUACAUGUUUAGUGCUUGUCUGAAGGACAAGUGGAUGGGAAACUUUUUCUCUUACCCUGCUAUCCUAGAGUAGUUGUUUUCCGGAAAGUACUGAGGACAGUUAGCACAGUCCAGCCAAAACAAAACUGAUUUGAUUUUGUUUAUAUUUUUGAGUGGCAAUUCCCGGUUUCCCUAGUCUAGACUGAAAAUUAUCUUUAACCAAUUGAUCAGUUUCCUGGAAAAGGAUACCCUGUUCUAGACCCAGACUCUCUGAUUUACAUACCCUAUCCCAGACUAAACUGCUUGAAAACCAUACCCUUCAAAGCGGCACAUACCUAUAUAGCCCAUAUAUGGUAGUACCCCCCUCCCCUGGGUCUGUACUCUAAUAGAUCACGGGCAACGACCAAUCACAGUGCACGUUGCGUAAUUUACAUCAUUGUUUAAAAGAGUAUAGAGCAUGGAAUAUUUUUUGUUGAUUGUCCUCUAAGACUGAAUGCUUUAUCUUUUCAAGUGCUCCCAAUAUUAAUUUAUCAAUACAUUUGGAGUCAGCAGAUUUACUAUUUUAACAGGCUGUUAAUUUGUCAGUAAAAAUUGUGCCUGCAAUGCAUUCAAGGUGUCACUCAAUUGUUAACUGCCAGCCUUUUUAUCCUGCAUCAUUUAUCAGUCUGUCAUGUCAUUUGGAAACAGCUUGCUUUAUCAGUUGUGAAAUUUCUUUGUUUGUUUACGGCAGCAAACCGGGAAGGCAUUUUGCUUGCAACUUACACGAGUUUGGCGUCGCUCGCUCCGAGGAACUGGAGGUGAAUCAGUGAAUAGUGCAGGAUAUUCACUGAUUGAGUAGCCAAUCAGUGCGCCCGAAAAACACUAUCCACUGUUUUAGUAUAUACUAAUUUAGGAUAUUCAAUUAGACAUUGAGAACAAAAAUGUGUGUGCCAUUUCAGGAUGGGAUAAAGAAGAAAUGAUGAAGUAUCAUGCACAAGCUUUUACCGUCAUGAAAAUUUGUCAAUUGUUGUGCACUGUGUUCAAGGAUGCUGAACAAAUGGAGCCACAGAGUAGAUUAACUCAGGUACCACCAUGUUUCAAUAAUUGUACAACUACAUGAGAAAUUUCUGAUUUGAUUGGCUGAUUUGAUUGGCUUUGAGCAGUAGUAUUUCAGCUUGAGUAUUGAAUAGUUUUUCAAUUUGAAGUACGUGUGAAAAUUACAAAACCUUUGCGGGUAGUAGUAUAAACAAAUAAUAGCAUGAUUUGUACAUGAUAUUUGACAUAAAUACCACUCGUGAUAUUUCAAAAUUGUCUCAAAUUUCACUCACCUAACAGCUCGUGAAAAUUAAUUACAAAUAACAAUAAUAUCUUAAGACAUCAACCGUGGUUAAUUUAUGCCAAAUAUCACUACAAAUCAUGCUAUUACGCAUACUUAUUACUACUAUCAUAUUAUUAUGUAGGAUGCAAAGACAGCAGCUGCUGCUGUCAUCUUAAGGCUUAUUGGUUUAAAUGUUCAAGCCCAAGUGAGCCAUGUCCAGCCCAGACCAUGACAACCAGAGUUUCUUUUAAUAUUUCUUACUUAGUUCCACACUUCUCAGAGGUGUGGAAGUGUGGAAAGGUGUGACAAGGUCAGGUUAAAGUUGCACUUUUUGCCCUUGUCAUUCUUUACUUACAUGUACUUGUUGUUCCGCACUUCUCAGAGGUGUGGACAUAUGGAAUAGUCUGACAGUCUGGAUAUUGUCACACUCUUUCCCUUGGUAAUGAACCUGUCAUCAUUCCUGCUUUACUUAGUUCCACACUUCUCAGAUGUUUAGAGCUGUGGAUGAAUAGUCUGACAAAUUAAGGAUAAAGUCGCACUUUUUCUCCAGUCAUUAACCUCUUGUCAUUCUUUACUCACUUAGUUCCACACUUCCUUGAGGUCUGAAGGUGUGGAAUAGUCUGACAAAUUAAGGAUAUAGUCGCACUUUUCUCCAGUCAUGAACUCGUUAUCAUUCUUUACAAUGUACUCUGUUCUGCACUUCUCUUGAGGCAUGGAAGUGGGGAAUAAACUGAGAAGUUAGGAGCUAACUUAAGAAUGGCAAGGGGUUCAUGACUGGGGGAAAUGUGAGGCAAUAUCCUGACUUUCUCAAACUAUUCAACACUUUCACACUUCCACAGCUUUGAGAAGUGAGGAACUAAGUAAAGAAUGACAAAGGGCUAGUUACUGGGUAAAAAAGUAUUUGUGGCCAAAGUAAUUUACAAUUGAAGGAUUUCCAAACUAAUUUUUAGCUUGAGAUGCGUAUACAUGUAAUUCCAUUUUUGAAAGUGAAGUGCAGGUCCAAAUGAAAAUUUGGCACACUCAGUACUUCAGCUUUGUGAAGUAAGUUUAGAAUGUGUUUCUGUUUUUUUUUAGUGUUUGUGAUACUGGUUAAUGAUGUUUUUAUGAUCUUUUUGUCCAAUAAUAUCUCUUUUACGUUUACAUGUAGCUUCCAUAAACCAGUCAGUUUUAAGACAAAAAUCAAGGGGCUGCAAUUUUCUCUGUGCAGCAGUGGAUACAGAAGGCAGAUCCGACCCCCUUUGAAUGCACCUAUCAGACUAGAAAAGUUCUAAAUAUUUUUAAUUUUACUUUAAAAAUAGAAUUUUGUCUGCAGUAUUUCAUAUAAGGAUGUGGUUAAUUCUAGAAAAUUACCUAUGUGUAAUGGCCAGGAAGGAUGGAAAUAAUCUAUAAUGAGCUGGGAUAGAGUUUGAACAAUCAAGCUCGACUUUGUACCCUCCAAUAGAUAAUGAUUCUUGCAUGUGAUGGAGUAUUACAUAAUUCAGCUCCUUCUGAUCAGCUGUUUGCUUUUAAAAGGUGUGUUUACUCCACAGACUGACAAGAAGUAUGUCUUGAGAAAAUCAGCCUGUUGUUUGGUUGCAUUAUGUGCAGCAAAUGUAGAAGAGCAUCCCUGGACAGAUGAACAAUCAAAAACAACCGCUCAUGGUCAGUAUCUUAAAAAUAGAUUUAAAAGCAUAUAUAAUAGGGCUUCCAAAUCCCGCUUCCCGCCACUAUUUCUUCUUUCUUCCCGCCAUCCCAUUUGCUUCGCAUGUGUCAUCCUGCUCUCGCUACCAAAAUUCUUUUCUUUCGCGACAGACCCAUUUUUUUCCGGUUGGACACGAUUUUUGCGGGUUAGGGUUAGCACUACAAUUUGGUCUUUUCUCACAAUAAAACUGCGGCAGUCAGUUUAGUUUGUUAAAUGUUUCCUCUUUUGGGUAAGUUUUGGUCAAUCAAACAACAGUUUUCUUUAGCAGAGAACAGCGCAAGGACCAUGACAAAGGCCCUCAGUCACACCAAACAAGAAUUCACAAACAGUUAUGCCUGGAAUCAGUAUCUAUGCCCAGGUUUAUUCAGAUAUCCUUAGAUAAGACUUUCCAACCCCAGGAAGUUGUUCGUUUUAGCACCUCUUUUAUUUUAUAACCGUUUUUGAGUAUAUUCUCUAGAGUACAUUGCAACACUGUGCUGACCUGGCACUUGUGAUGAACAUAAACAUGCUGAUUGUCCUCCACAUUAAGGGUCAUACAACUCAUGCAUGAAAUUCGUGUUGUCGCAGGGAAACAUUUUGAUGAUGUUUCAAGCCCCAUCUUAGUAGCUGUACCGAGUUCACUGUUUAAGUGGCAACACUUCCAUGAGGACCAUCAAAGUCUGUGGCAACACGCAUUCCAUAUUAAUUUUGUCAUGUUUCUGAGGAAUGAUACAUUCAUAUUAAGACAGAAUACAUUAGGAAAUUGAGUGAUUUUAAUUCUUAGUGGACAGAAACCUUGUACCAGAAUAAUUUAGACAAUAUUGCAUGCUUUUUUACAUUUUUCAAGGGCUAUAGAUGUAAUAAGUUAUUUGUAAUAACACCAAAGAAAACUUCUUAUAAGAGCCCGAGAAAAUAAAUGUCAAAUUUCACAAAUGACAUCUUACACGUGAAUUUUUCAGAAUUUUGCCUGUGUUUUCAUACCCUGGGUACCAGAGGUUUUUCUCGCGUACGGUGGGAAUUUUCGUUGUUGGCCGUAGGCCGAAGCUACGAGCAGCGAAGCCGCGAGAAAAAUCACUAUAAAGACUUGAAAGAAACCGCAAACCGCGCUAGAAAAGUCUCAGGCACCCAGGGUAGUGUUUUCACAAUUCUUGUGAAAUGGGGUGUAUUCAUUUGAUUACAGUGUAACAGGAGUACAGGAGACUGGUGUAUGCUGUACAACGCUUUUUUUGAUAUGUUUUUAUUUCAGAAUUACUGGCUCUUAUUUGCUCCUAUUGUCACUGCUCAUCUAUUUCUGAUCUCCUCUGUGGCUGCCUUGAGGUGAAUCUAAGUGAAAAUUCUUCCAAGGAUAAUUCAGAAGACAGUCGACAGACGUUUAAUACACUGUUUCCAUCAGGACUGUUCAAACAUAUUCUAGAUUAUCUUAAACCUUCUCUCCUCAAAGACACAUGGAAAAGAUCUCCACUGGCUCGUCAUGUCUUGGUGUGGUGUACUCUAGGCUUGAAGGUAUGAGGAAAUUAACAAACACAAAGCUUAAAUGUAAAAACACUUUAAUUAAUAAUAAAUAGAUGUAAAACUGUAAAAGGUUUGAACCCAGGAGUCAUUUCAUAAGUAGGUUUAGUAUGAUCGUNUUCCAAGGAUAAUUCAGAAGACAGUCGACAGACGUUUAAUACACUGUUUCCAUCAGGACUGUUCAAACAUAUUCUAGAUUAUCUUAAACCUUCUCUCCUCAAAGACACAUGGAAAAGAUCUCCACUGGCUCGUCAUGUCUUGGUGUGGUGUACUCUAGGCUUGAAGGUAUGAGGAAAUUAACAAACACAAAGCUUAAAUGUAAAAACACUUUAAUUAAUAAUAAAUAGAUGUAAAACUGUAAAAGGUUUGAACCCAGGAGUCAUUUCAUAAGUAGGUUUAGUAUGAUCGUCGGAGUGAGCGUAGUCCUGAGUGGCUGAAUAGGACUGUAGUUGUUGACAGUGACUGACGUUUCGACAACCUGUGCGGUAGUCAUCUUUUGAGUCAAAGUGAAUUGUAUCACUUCCGUUGAUGGUAUUAAACUCUGGUUAUUGACCUGAUUGGUCAAUUAAGUCGCCAUGUUAUUGGUCGUCUGUCUGUUAAGCCGUGAUGUUAUUGGUUAUGAAGACUCGUAAUGUCAUUGGUGCGUUUUGAUGCGUCUAUUGUCAGAGUUAAACAGUCGUUUAUUGUUAGUCAAAUUGUCAGCGAUGUCCAGUCGUCCUCUCGCGUCUUAUCUAAGUACAGCCGUGAACACCUGUUCUUAGAUAAGACGUAUCUUACCUAAGACGAGCUAAGACGUGAAAAGCUUUGCAAUGAAUGACCUUCCUGUCUUAUUUACAUGUAAGAUGCGAACGCAUCGUACGCAUGCAUUAAUGUUUGGAGGGAUUUACCAAUAACUAUUUUCUACAUUAAGACAUGCUCAUAUAAAUGUGACAGUUUGCAUGUUAUUUAGGAUGCGUCUUGUGUAAAACGCGUCUUAUUUUUCCUCGUGUAAAUGACACUAUUGUGUCUCAUACAAAUGGCUCAUCACCUUUUGCCAAUCUUUGCUUGGUAAUCAUAAUUGCUGCGCACUUGUAAAAGUCUCUCCCUCACUGUGAGACAGAGCAUGUACAGCUGUAACUGGGGUCAACAUGUCCUAUACUUUUUUCAGACAUUGUCAUUGUGGGUGCUUUGAUGUCAUACUUGAAUUGAAAAGCACUUUUGAAGAGAUAGGUCUCAUGGCAUGGCACAAACACGUGCCCUUUGACACGAUCAUUUGAACUGAAACAUCUGAGAUAAGAUCUUAAAUCACAGCCAAUCCCAUGUCACCAGAUUAUAACAGACCCGGCUAGGGCUUUAAUCCACUAGCUAUGGCUCGCCGGAGUGGUGCUCUUCCAACCAAGCUAACUGGGUGAUGUGUAAUGUACAUAAUAUGUUUUGAAGUUUACCCUUAUAUGGGACAGAGAAGAUUACUUUCUGUGAGAGAAUUCUUAAACUUUUUCUUCCCAAACCAAGUGAAAGUUUUUUAUUUUAUUUUUAUUUCUAGAUGCAUGUCUGACAUGCCUUUAUCAGUGACCGGGAAAGAAAAUAGUGCGUUUUAGAUAACAUUCAUUUUUGUUGUUUGACAGCAUCCUUUUGUUGGUGAUCAUUUCCCUAAACUGAUGUCCCCACUCUUGCUGUUUAUAGAUGAUUAUGAGGUACAAGACUUCCAUGAUUUGAAUUUUUUCCCAUCGUACAACAUGCACCAAUAGACGAACACAAUCCAUUCACCCAACCAAGGGUCGAUUUGAUAAAACCUUUACAAAAAGUAUAAUUUACAAGUGUAGCUUUUGUUUUUAGGCUCUAAGGUAAUGGCUACACGUGUAAAAUACACUUUUUAAGGUUAUCCCCAAAUGAUGACAUUUAAGUGUCAGAAAUCAAUUGAUUAAUAAUUAUUUUAUAUGUUUUAUCAGGCGUAAAGGAGCUAUGUCACGGAAGUCUAGUUCACCUUGUUGACAAUGCCAACAACGUGUCCUUGUUCUCUAUGGACUUAAGAAAUUACUAGUGAAUGACAAAACCACAGUUUCCUGUCAAACAAAUAUGUCUCCCACGCAUUAUAUCAAACGUUAAAAACAACAAAAAUGAAAUUUGUGAAACUGUUUGGCUGACAAGUUUUGAAAAACCUCAAAUGCAAUCCGUUCCAGUCUUUUCAAGUUUGUCCAUCCUUGUGUUCUCUUGUUAUUUGUACCUUCCUAGUUUCGAGCUGUUAUUUAGUUUAUUUUUAUGUUUCACUCAAUUUGGUGGCAACUCCCACUGUUUGAAUUUUGAUAAAUUUCGUGACACAGCUUUAGAGAGUUGGUAGUUACAUGGUAAUAAGAAGCUUUUGCGUUUUCAAUUUUAAUGUCCUUUUUUCCUUUCACAAACAGGUAGAAAACAAAGUCUUGGGUUUAAAAUGUUUGAAGCACGCCGUUGAUAACAUGGUAUGUAGAUCGUUUAUAAGUGACUGAAAAAAUAAAACCUCUUUUGGAUCAGAUUAUAUCAGAAACUAUUCUUACGUUAAUUUCGAUUGUAGAAUUCAGCAGAACUGCAGUGGUACGGAAGGGCUGAUGUUCUUUUUGAGGUAAACUGACGCACUAGAAUUUUUUUAGAAAUCAGUUAGUAUGCUGCAGUUAUAUUUUUGAAGUGCAGUAGUCACUUACUCGAAAAUCAGUUCUAUUUCUAUAUUGUAUGCAGACUCCUAAAGGGGGGUAUUCCCUCUAACGACCUAUAGGGGGACAGUGGUACCUUUUUCAGCUUCAGGUAUAUGAAAAGGUUGGGAAUUCACGAGUUGUAGUAUAUGAAAGGGCAGGAAAAGGGCCAUUAAUUGAUAAAAUGUUUCGAAAAGACUCGCGUUAUGGCUAUAUCUUUUCUGAAAUAGUAUUGAAUAGUAUUGUGUGGAUAGAAAGAAGAGAGAUGGAUCGGAUUUGCGAAUUUUGAGGGAUAGAAUGGUGAAAACGAUAACGUCCUUGCAGGCGUUUGCUUUCCUCCUCGCGCUUCUUAUUUUAUCCUUCCCCUUCUUCCUCAAACGUGUGCCACAACUGCACGUAAGAUGUUAACAUGAAAGCAUUCACACCAACAUUGACGCAGGGCCAGUGUCGGUAGAGUGCACUUUUUUAAAGCUAGUGCCUAAACAGACAACCAACUUAAAGCAUACUUUCUGCCGUACACAGAAACUAAUUUAGAUUUAGUAAAAUUACAUGCUAACUAAAAUUUGUAUAGGUAAUAGCAUGAUUUGUAGUGAUAUUUCGAAAUUGUUAUAUGUAAUUUCACGAGCCGUUAGGCGAGUGAAAUUUGAGACAAUUUUGAAAUAUCACGAGUGGUAUUUAUGCCAAAAUUCACGUACAAAUCAUACUAUUAUUUGUUUAUACUACUACCCGCAAAAUUUUUGUAAUUUUCACAUAUAGGUAUUUCAAAAUAAACUGAAAUACCCCAGCUCUAAGCCAAUCAAACUGCAGAAAUUUCUCGUGUAGUAGUAUAAACGUAUAAAAACAACUUACCGCUAAGAAUAAACUCGGGGACAGUUAGUAUUCCUUCACAGAAAAAUGUUCUACCAGUUACUUUUUAACUGUAGAGCAUUUAAAGACCGUUCUAUAAAUUGAGACGGCCUUAAGUAUUGUUAUCGCAUUUUACUAGGCCACUCAGCGUCACCUGUACACUAGCGAGGCUUGCCUGGUUCGAGUUCUUCACCCUUGCUUAUUAAGCAUCCUCAAGGUGCUGGAAGCACCUCCAACGAAACCCAGGUUUGGAAGAAAAGUAGGUUGGAUUAAUUUUAAUGUUACUACUAUUAUUACCAAUAACACUGCCAUUAUUUGGGUGGUUAAUUUACAUGAAAUAAGAAAUAAGCUAAUGGGUAAUGUAGCUUGUUUACUUCAAAAAUCUGUGGGCUCAGCCUCGUAUCUAUGACUUAAAGUACGGAGGCUGCCCGUGAUAAUUUACCCUCCCCUGUUCAGAUUGUACUGGGGUUUCCUUCUGCUAGGAGAGUCAGUACUACCCACGAAUUUUCACCGUCUUAAAUCACUCAAGAGAGAUCAGAGAGUCGUUAACCGGCGAAGGUCAGUUGGCAGCUUCGUUACUUAGGCAAACGAUAAACGGCAAAUUUAAGAUGAGAAUUUCUUAAAAAAGAAAUUAAGCUGAUAAAAACAGUCGAAAACAGGGUUUACCUAGGAGUAAAAACCUGUGGAGUUUUCUUUGUUUUCUAGCUAUUUUUUCCUUGGCUCUAUUGUGUUGACUUCUCAGUGGCUGCUUUGUAUUCAUUGUUUUACGUCACUCGUGAGCUUCACUGGGGUUUUUACACCGAGGAUGAGCCAAAAUCAAUUUUUUUGGAUGAAAGUAAUGUGAAACUAAUAAUUUUGUUUGUCGAACUAAACAAACGUUAACGACAAGUAAAGGGAAAGCUUGGUCACAUGGUACAAAUUCUCGUUUGCCGCUUGCCGUAAACAUGAAUCGAACUCUAUGGCAUAACUGGGAGAUUCCUUGCUUAAAUUUCGCAUUCUGUGGGCCCGAAGUUACAAUGCUUUUUCAUUUUAAGCAUAUUAUUCUUAGGUAAUGUUUGCAGCUAAGGUCACAACGAACAAAAAUUUACAUCUUUAAUAACUUACUGGUCUCGACACUCAUUGUUUAAAUUAUAUUGCAAGCACUUUAUAUCAUUGCGCCAUUUUUAUGUCUCCUCACAGACAACCAAAUGCGAUUCAGUGUUUCAAAUAAUGCUGACAUCUAUGGAGUUUGAAAGCAAGAUAGCGAUGAGGCGGGUAAGCGAGACGCCUAUUUUAGGCAAAAUACUUUUCAUGCAGUCUUCGUGGUGGUAAUGGUCGCUCAAUCGAUCCUCAAUUUUUAGUCUACUCACCAUUUAAACAUUACGUCAAACUCGGACCAAUGUUGGAAAAACUACGUAUUGAAAGCUCUAGCUAUUUUACUAAGGAAUUAAUUUUCUUAUCAUCGACCUUCGUGUACAAUGAUAUUNUUAUUUUUUGGGGUGCGCGCGGGCGUGUCAUUUUUUUUUUUCUUUUUUUGUUUAGGGUUUUCAAGUUCGUUUUUUUUUUGUUUUUCGGGGGGCCCUUUUUUUUCCCUCGCUUCCACCCCGGUGUUUCGACCGGCUACUGGAGGUUUUCAUAUGGUCAGGGGGGGAUCCAGACCUUUAGAUAAGGGGGGGGGGGGGGGGGGGGGCGGUCAUCCAGACCCUGAGAUAAGGGGGUGCCCGGUCUCAAAAAAACUUUUUCCGGCCCUUAGGACCCUAAGUUUGGUCUAAAAAUAAGGCCUUCCCUGGAUCCGACACUGCAGGUGAUGGUAUCGCUUUACCGAGCUAGACCUAUUAGUAGCACCCCGUUUUCUCGGAUUGGUACAUGAGGAACUUCACUCAUGCUUGGUGGGUUUCGAUUCCAAAGCGUUGUUGCAGGCCGUUCGGACAGCGAAAAGAUAUCCGGUAUAGUAUGAUCACCUAUCCGAUAUGUGAACUCUCCACUUUAGAGAUCAAUCGGCGCGGUGUUUCGCUCCGUCACAGAAAUCGCGCCGAAAAUAACCGUUCCUAUGUGUGAACAGUAGCCCUAUCCGAUAUGGUUUUCGUGCAUGCGCAAAAGCUACCUGGUAUAGUGAGAACCUAGUUUUAGUGUCGUACUUACACAAGGAUUGAUCUUUCUCACCCCAUAAAUUGAACUGUCAUCAAUGGCUCCCAGGCAUAUUUCUCAAACUGUACGAGAGCCUUAUUACAUUUACGACUAAUCAAGUGGAAAGGUUUGACUAAUCUGCUGCUUCUGCUCCUUUGUUUCCACCAGGCGUGUGCAAGUCAAUUGAGAGGUUAUAUUGAGCACAUGGGAAUAACCAUACUGCGUCACUUUAAGGUAGAGCUGUUUUUUAAUCAAUCAUUUGAGGGUUAUUAAGUCUUAAGGGGCCAAUAAAACCUAACGACACGCUUAACCACUAACAUGUGGCAUUAGAAUAAAGACUGACUGGACGAGUGCGUUAGCUGUUAUUUUAAAUAACGUGAAGAUUUAUGCAACUUUCUCCAGGCUCAAACAGGUUAAGGGUUUGAUUUAGAAUGGUUACGCUAUCAAAAAUUCCAAUUUGAAAUCUGAGUUAAAGGAAAAUUUGAUAAAGGCCUAAAGCGGAAUAAUGCGUGUGACAUCUCCAUAACUUGCAACUUGACGCGACGCCAUUAUGCUGCAAUUUGCAUCCACCCUACUUGCUUUAGAGUUUUUAAUGUUACCAAAAGUACAUGUCGCCUCCAGUUUUCCCUUAAUAGUAGGGCUAAACAAUCAAAACUGUUAAAAAUCUGUCUGGCAAGUGGAAAGAAGAAAACAUUUCGGGUAAAAAUACAGACAGAUUUGCCGUUAUAAGUGCUGCGUGAGAAAACGUAACGCGAAGCAGUUGACAGAUAUUUGUUACGAACCUAUUCGUGUUAGAGUGGAGAGAAAGGUUAGACGUAAAAGAAUAAUGCUUUUACGAACGUAGAUGUAAUAGUUGUUUCUUUUCGUUUCUUUUUUUUAGCGACUUUUAAGAGUUAUCGUAUCGUACUUGGAAGUAAGCGAUUAUCCCGACGAAGAAGCCAGGCUAGCCAUUUUAGACGCUUUAAACACCGCAAUACUUUACGCAUGGCCAAGGUAUGACGUUUGACAUCUUUACCUUUUCACUCACAAUUCGCCACUUUAAACAACGGCAAGGAAACUGGGCCGAGUUUACUUUCGCAAAGACUUCUGGGACUGAUACUAGGCCAUACUGAGCUUAAGCAAAGGAAAGCAAAGGCGUUUUUGGGCGACGCACCUCAACCGGAAGUCAGACGUUUUCUCUCUAACAUGCUUUGGCGCUGCCAAGUUUGAAAUGCCGAGUGUGAUUCUCUCAUACAGACGAUUUGUUUAAAAUUUUGGGCAAAACCACUGCCGAAUUGGCUCUGAUUCAAUAGCCCAUUCGGCCUUCGGCCUCAUGGGCUAUUGACUCUGAGGCCAUGAGGGCGAGAGGAAUAAUUGUUUUAGUAAAAUCCUACUAGUUGGUCAAAAAUAUCGAAAAUUAAAAAAAAUUUAGCUAGUUAAAGCAAGACUUUAAUCCUUUUUUGCCGCCGAAGAGCCGGCGCUUUUCGAGCCUAGUAGUAGCUCAACCAACCAGAGCGCAGCAUUGAUAAUAGACCACUAGUUGGAUUUUACUAAUGAAAUAUAUACGUAUGCCGUGUUGCCCAACAUAAGCCUCAAAUCAACAAUGAAUUAAAUUGACUGGUCCAAUGAUUUCUGUUUAGGUAUGUUUUCUUGUCGGACAUUAAUGAUUUAGAUUUACGAUACAUUUCCGGACGUUUACAACAAAUUGAACUGUAAACUUUUGUUUUACUAAGUUUUGUAUUUUGUUUUUGACACAAUUUAUUAGUAAAGGGCAUUUUCGUGUCUUACAACGCAUGGUUACUGAAACGUGCACGCAAUUGCAAACUUGGCUGAGUACUAAGGUGCUGUUUUCUUUGUAGGAUUCCUCAACACAGCUCCAUGAUCCUGAAAUCGCUUCUUAAGUUACUUGUUGAUGCGACAGAUUCAACUCCUUAUUUAACAACCCAAGGUUAGCUUAUUACUUUAUACGCUGUUUAUUUACCAGGACAUCUACCAAGAAGGGAAGGUGGAAAAUUUUGGUUGUAUACUUUCAUUUUCUCCUGUGCAGCUUAUUUUGGUUGAAUGAUCUGAUUUAUUAUUCACGAACAGACCUUUCCACGGUUUUUUUAGCUUCUCAAAGUUCGAGAAAUUUUACAGACGUUUGUAUUGGUGGGUCAGAAUAUUAAGUAAACGUUUUUGAAAUACUGAAAAAACUGAUCAAUACGUUGUUUGAAUGUAAUGAAUUCUGAUCAUUUGCAAAUCGUCAUUUUAAAUUUGGGCAUCGUUUCGCCAAUAGCUAUGAAUCAUGGCGACUUCGCCGAUUUUUGCCCAGUAUACGAUUAGACGUAGGAGAAGCAUCGAGGACCACUGCAAGUUACGCCGCGUUUUUAUCUUACUUUUUAGGGCGAAACGCAGGCAAAAAGUUUUAAUGUACAAGUAAAAGCUCUGUUUUAUUUUAACGACAGUCAACUCUCUCAUAGCGACCACUUUGAAAAUAACCGUUUUGUUUCUCAGUCAAAUACUGUUUCAAAACGUUCUCGUGAGAAGCCGUUAAAUAAAUUUCUUAAUGACCGCGACCACUUUUUAAAGCAAAAAAUUGGCGUAUUCUUUUGUUUUCUGUUUCCCGUAACCGACCAGCCGGCAUGAUCACGUAUGAUUCAAAGAAAACCACUGUUCGAAUGUUACAAAAGUUCAGUUUUUAAGAGCGUUGACCAAGCAUGGAAAAAGAUUAUAGCAUUUGACUGACAAAAAAAGAUGGUUGUAAUACGAUCUGUAGGUAAAAAGGUGUAUUGUGACAUUGAUGCAAAAUGUUAUGUACAAAGUUUCAACAGUUCCAAGCGCUCUUCGAUGUGAAACAUUAUUGCCAGUUGCUUGUUUGUUCAAGGUUUUGCUUGUUAGGUAAUAACUUUAUGUAAUCACAUUAUAAAUCAGUUAAGUUUCAGCCUAUUUUCUUGAUUUUCCCGCAGGGGACCACCUCCUGUAAGCGACCACCUUGUCGUGGACCAAGGAUGGUCGCUUACCAGAGAGUCGACUGUAUAUCUUACCCUGCGCUCAGAUCCUUCUCCUGUAUGGCUUUUAGCGUUUAAGAAGACUAUUUGUUUAAUCACUUCCACCAUAUGGUGCGAACACACAGCAGAGCAAGGCUCCUUGCAGAUAACCUACCCAGCCCAGGAGAGGAUGGCCACACCACAGGGGUCUACGUCCCCUACUCUGUUCGAACAGUGGUGUGGGUUCUUUUACGUCCCGCAAGAACUAGAUAAGUGAAAGUGCUGUGGAACGGGACCUACGGUUUCCCGUCCUUAUCCGAGAAGACUAGAAAUUCUAAUAGUUUGCACAUGUCAUUGCAAAGGCAGCACUUUCCCCUCAGUUAUUUGAAGACCCUGAGUGUUGUUCCGGCCGGGGUUUGAACCUGCGACCUCCCGUUUAGCAGACUGGGACUCUCCCAAAGGAAACAGGAGACGUCUGCACGCAGGCAAACUAGGUGACGGUUGUUGUUCGGGUUGCAUGUCACAAAGUCGCGAAGGUGGUGUGAUAAACAAACCAACUACGGCGAGUGACAUGCGACGCAAAUGACUUCAUAAACGCUAGGGCUAUGCACGAGAGAAACCACUCAGUGCUUGCAAGGUAACUACAUCUGAACCCCCCAAGCUCGUUAAAAGUUCCAGAUGUUUAUUUGUCAGUGUAUUUUUCGACUUCCCAUUUUAGCUUAUCAGCAAUUGAAAGAAAAAACUGCGGAGUGCUUCCUUCUCCUUGUGAGGUGUUGUGGAAAACCAUUCAAG